AUGGUCCCAAAGCUUGGGAACACCAGCCUGGAGUAUUCAUCACAGCAACAGAAGCAAGAGACCUGCUUCAGAGCGGCAGUGCCCCACACUCAGAAGCAAGCCUCUCUGAGCACCUGGCCAGUACCGAACAGCUCUCAGAUGGGUGGGCAGGGCUUCCUGCUGGUGACCAUGGUCAUGAAAUUGCACCACCCUGCAAAGACUGAGAGGAACCGCAGGCAGGCCAGCAGCCCGAGAGUGCUAAACCUCCCUACCCAUCCUCGCACUGACACGGAGAGGGCGGGCGGUGCAGGACCCGACCUCGGCCGUCGAGGCAGCGGGACAGGCCCAGCUGCGCUCACUGCCCUGAAGCUGUGGAUUAAGAAGCCGCCCCGCGACCCGGAGCGGCCGGGGCACCGGAUCCGGGAGCCUGGACGUCGCAGCCCAGGCCUCCAGCAAGGUAGGUGCAGCUCCCGCCGGGAGCGGGCGUCCAAGGGCACGCCGCCUGCCCCCAAGCCCCGGGACCCCAGGGCUGGCAAGGAAAGGGAGUACCCACUCCUGCCCGGGCCGAUGAGGAGGAUGCCAGGGCCAUGGGUGAAGCUGCUGCUGGCAGCGGUGUUGAGUGUCGGUCUUCCUGGGAACAUGGCCAACCGCUGCAAGAAGGCUCAGGUGAAGAGCUGUACGGAGUGCAUCCGUGUGGACAAGAGUUGUGCCUACUGCACAGACGAGCUGUUCAAGGAGCGGCGCUGCAAUACCCAGGAGGAGCUUCUGGCCGCAGGCUGCAGGGCAGAGAGUGUGCUGGUUAUGGAGAGCAGUCUUGACAUCACAGAGAACACCCAGAUUGACACCACCCUGCACCGCAGCCAGGUGUCUCCCCAAGGCCUGCAGGUCCGGCUGCGACCAGGUGAGGAGCGCAACUUUGUGUUCAAGGUGUUUGAGCCCCUGGAGAGCCCCAUGGAUCUGUACAUCCUCAUGGACUUCUCCAACUCCAUGUCUGAUGAUCUGGACAACCUCAAGCAGAUGGGGCAGAACCUGGUCACGGGCACCGGAGCAUGUGGGACCCAGUCCUUCCCUGACACUGGCUCAAUUUCCACCUUGUCCAGGCUGAAGGAGCCCUGGCCCAACAGUGACCCCCCAUUCUCCUUCAAGAACGUCAUCAGCUUGACAGAGAGCGUGGAAGAAUUCCUGGACAAACUGCAAGGAGAACGGAUAUCAGGCAACCUGGACGCCCCCGAAGGCGGCUUCGAUGCCAUCCUGCAGACAGCCGUGUGCACAAGGGACAUCGGCUGGCGGGCUGACAGCACCCACCUACUGGUGUUCUCCACUGAGUCUGCCUUCCACUAUGAGGCUGACGGUGCCAACGUACUGGCUGGCAUCAUGAACCGCAACGAUGAGAAAUGCCACCUAGACGCCACGGGCAGCUACACCCAGUACAAGACACAGGACUACCCGUCUGUGCCCACGCUGGUGCGCCUGCUCGCCAAACACAACAUCAUACCCAUCUUUGCCGUCACCAACUAUUCUUACAGCUACUAUGAGAAACUUCAUAAGUAUUUCCCUGUCUCCUCGUUGGGAGUGCUGCAGGAGGACUCAUCCAACAUCGUGGAGCUGCUAGAGGAAGCCUUCAAUCGAAUUCGCUCCAACCUGGACAUCCGGGCUCUGGACAGCCCACGGGGCCUGAGGACAGAGGUCACCUCCGAUACCCUCCAGAAGACAGAGGCUGGGUCCUUUCACAUCAAGCGGGGGGAAGUGGGCAUAUACAAUGUACAGCUUCGGGCAGUGGAGGACAUAGAUGGGACGCAUGUGUGCCAGCUGGCAGAAGAAGACCAAAGAGGCAACAUCCACCUAAAACCUUCCUUCUCGGACGGCCUCCGGAUGGAUGCUAGCAUCAUCUGUGAUGUGUGUGCCUGUGAACUGCAAAAGGAAGUCCAGUCAGCUCGCUGCCACUACAGAGGAGACUUCAUGUGUGGACACUGUGUGUGCAACGAGGGCUGGAGUGGCAAGACUUGCAACUGCUCCACGGGCUCCCUGAGUGACACGCAGCCAUGCCUUCGUGAGGGUGACGACAAACCAUGCUCGGGCCGUGGCGAGUGCCAGUGUGGACGUUGUGUGUGCUACGGUGAAGGCCGCUACGAGGGUCACUUCUGCGAGUAUGACAACUUCCAGUGUCCCCGUACGUCUGGAUUCCUGUGCAAUGACCGAGGACGCUGUUCCAUGGGGCAGUGUGUGUGUGAGCCUGGUUGGACAGGCCGAAGCUGUGACUGUCCCCUCAGCAAUGCCACCUGCAUCGACAGCAAUGGGGGAAUCUGCAAUGGACGAGGCUUCUGCGAGUGUGGGCGAUGCCACUGUAACCAGCAGUCACUCUACACGGACACCACCUGUGAGAUCAACUACUCUGCGAUACGCCUGGGCCUGUGUGAGGACCUGCGCUCUUGUGUGCAGUGCCAGGCCUGGGGCACUGGGGAGAAGAAAGGGCGAACAUGUGAGGACUGCAGCUUCAAAGUCAAGAUGGUCGAUGAACUUAAGAAAGCGGAAGAGGUGGUGGAGUACUGUUCCUUCCGGGAUGAGGAUGACGACUGCACGUACAGCUACACCGUGGAGGGUGAUGGCAGCCCUGGGCCCAACAGCACCGUGCUGGUCCACAGGAAGAAAGACUGCCCUCCCGGCUCCUUCUGGUGGCUCAUCCCCCUGCUCAUCUUCCUCCUGUUGCUCCUGGCACUGCUGCUGCUGCUCUGCUGGAAAUACUGUGCCUGCUGCAAAGCCUGCCUGGGGCUUCUCCCUUGCUGCAACCGAGGCCACAUGGUGGGCUUCAAGGAAGAUCACUAUUUGCUCCGGGAGAACCUGAUGGCCUCCGACCACCUGGACACACCCAUGCUGCGCAGUGGAAACCUUAAGGGACGAGACACGGUCCGCUGGAAGAUCACUAAUAAUGUUCAGCGGCCUGGCUUCGCCACCCAUGCCGCCAGCACGAGCCCCACAGAGCUUGUACCCUAUGGGCUGUCUCUGCGCCUUGCCCGCCUCUGCACUGAGAACCUCCUGAAGCCCGGCACUCGAGAAUGUGACCAGCUGCGCCAGGAAGUGGAGGAAAAUCUGAAUGAGGUGUACAGACAAGUCAAUGGUGCCCACAAACUCCAGCAGACAAAGUUCCGACAGCAGCCCAAUGCCGGGAAAAAGCAAGACCACACCAUCGUGGACACGGUGCUGCUGGCGCCCCGCUCAGCCAAGCAGACGCUGCUGAAGCUGACAGAGAAGCAAGUGGAGCAGGGGUCCUUCCAUGAACUCAAGGUGGCCCCUGGGUACUACACCCUCACUGCAGAGCAGGACGCCCGGGGCAUGGUGGAGUUCCAGGAAGGUGUGGAGCUGGUGGAUGUUCGGGUGCCCCUUUUCAUCCGGCCUGAGGAUGAUGAUGAGAAGCAGCUGCUGGUGGAGGCUCUCGACGUCCCUGUGGGCACCGCCACCCUUGGUCGCCGCCUGGUCAACAUCACCAUCAUCAAGGAGCAAGCCAGCGGGGUUGUGUCCUUUGAGCAGCCUGAGUACUCCGUGAGCCGUGGAGAGCAGGUGGUCCGCAUCCCUGUCAUCCGGCACAUCCUGGAUAACGGCAAAUCCCAGGUCUCCUACAGCACACAGGACAAUACAGCACAAGGCCACCGGGACUAUGUCCCUGUGGAGGGUGAGCUGCUGUUCCAGCCAGGGGAGACCUGGAAGGAGUUGCAGGUGAAGCUCCUGGAGCUGCAGGAAGUAGACUCUCUCCUGCGUGGCCGCCAGGUCCGCCGCUUCCACGUCCAACUCAGCAACCCUAAGUUUGGAGCCCGCCUGGGCCAGCCCAACCCAGCCACCGUCAUCAUUGGAGAGCAAGAUGAAGCGGACAAGAGCUUUACAAAUCGGGACCUUUCUUCAUCACCACCACCCCGCGGGGACCUGGGUGCCCCACAGAACCCCAAUGCCAAGGCUGCUGGGUCCAGGAAGAUCCAUUUCAACUGGCUGCCCCCUCCCGGCAAGCCAAUGGGGUACAGGGUGAAGUACUGGAUCCAGGGCGACUCUGAGUCUGAAGCCCACCUGCUGGACAGCAAGGUACCCUCGGUGGAGCUCACCAACCUGUAUCCCUAUUGCGACUACGAAAUGAAGGUGUGCGCCUACGGGGCACAGGGUGAGGGGCCCUACAGCUCCCUGGUGUCCUGCCGCACCCAUCAGGAAGUACCCAGCGAGCCGGGGCGACUGGCUUUCAAUGUCGUCUCUUCUACGGUGACCCAGCUCAGCUGGGCUGAGCCAGCUGAGACCAAUGGAGAGAUCACGGCCUACGAGGUCUGCUACGGACUGGUCAACGAGGACAACCGGCCUAUUGGACCCAUGAAGAAGGUUCUGGUGGACAACCCCAAGAACCGGAUGCUGCUUAUUGAGAAUCUUCGAGAAUCCCAGCCCUACCGAUACACAGUGAAGGCGCGAAAUGGGGCAGGAUGGGGACCCGAGAGAGAGGCUAUCAUCAACCUGGCCACACAGCCCAAGCGGCCCAUGUCCAUCCCCAUCAUCCCAGACAUUCCCAUUGUGGAUGCCCAGGGUGGCGAAGACUAUGAAAGCUUCCUCAUGUACAGUGACGACGUUCUGCGGUCCCCAGCCAGCAGCCAGAGGCCCAGUGUUUCUGAUGACACUGAGCACCUGGUGAACGGCCGGAUGGACUUUGCCUAUCCAGGCAGUGCCAACUCUCUGCACAGGUUGACCGCGGCCAAUGCUGCCUACGGCACACAUCUGAGCCCACACCUGUCCCACCGAGUGCUGAGCACAUCCUCCACCCUCACUCGGGACUACCACUCUCUGACCCGCACAGACCACUCUCGCUCAGGCACACUUCCGCGGGACUACUCUACCCUCACUUCAGUUUCCUCCCAGGGCCUCCCUCCUAUCUGGGAAGAUAGGAGGAGCAGGCUUCCGCUGUCUUGGACCCUUGGGUCCUGGAGCCGGGCUCAGAUGAAGGGUACCCCCGCAUCCAGGGGUUCACCAGACUCAAUAAUCCUGGCUGGGCAGUCAGCAGCACCCUCCAGGGGUACAGAGUCCCAUGGGGCCGUGGGUGUGCCCGACACACCCACUCGGCUGGUGUUCUCCGCCCUGGGGCCUACAUCUUUGAAAGUGAGCUGGCAGGAGCCACAGUGUGAUCGAGUACUACUGGGCUACAGUGUGGAGUACCAACUACUAAAUGGCGGCGAGUUGCAUCGGCUCAACAUCCCUAACCCCGGCCAAACCUCAGUGGUGGUGGAAGACCUCCUGCCCAACCACUCCUAUGUGUUCCGAGUGCGGGCCCAGAGCCAGGAGGGCUGGGGCCGUGAGCGAGAGGGUGUCAUCACCAUUGAGUCACAGGUGCACCCGCAGAGCCCUCUCUGCCCCCUGCCAGGCUCAACCUUCACCCUGAGCACCCCCAGUGCCCCAGGCCCGCUGGUGUUCACUGCCCUAAGCCCAGACUCGCUGCAGCUGAGCUGGGAGCGGCCUCGGAGGCCCAAUGGAGAUAUCCUUGGCUACCUGGUGACCUGUGAGAUGGCCCAAGGAGGAGGAUCAGCCACCACAUUCCGGGUGGAUGGAGACAACCUUGAGAGCCGGCUGACAGUACCCGGUCUCAGUGAGAAUGUUCCUUACAAGUUCAAGGUGCAGGCCAGGACAACUGAGGGCUUCGGGCCAGAGCGUGAAGGCAUCAUCACCAUUGAGUCCCAGGAAGGAGGCCCUUUCCCGCAGUUGGGCAGCCACUCUGGGCUUUUCCAGAACCCUCUGCAAGGAGAGUACAGCAGCAUAACCACCACUCACAGCACGACCACGGAGCCUUUCCUCAUAGACGGACUAACCCUGGGAUCCCAGCGCCUCGAAGCAGGGGGCUCCCUCACCCGGCACGUCACCCAAGAAUUUGUGAGCCGGACACUGACCGCCAGUGGAUCUCUCAGCACUCACAUGGACCAACAGUUCUUCCAAACCUGAAACCCCCAGGAACCCGGGCCCCUCCUUGCCUUCUCUCCCUAGCUCCUUCUUCCUCUGCUGCUCCACCCACCUUCAUGCUGACCACAGAGCCAGCCCCUCUAGCGAGAGAGCAGGGGUAGGUGCCCUCUGGGAAGCAUGGAGCAGGUACAAGGCCUGACUGCAUCCCGCCCUGGGUCCAAACCCACAUGUAACCAAAGAACUGGAGGCGGCUCAAAGACCCAGCCUUUGUUCUGCACUUAAUAAAAGACUUUGCUACUGCUUA